AUGGCAGCAGAGACAGCAAGGAGACAGAGCGGCAUGUUACGGCAGGAGAAGCUAGAGUUGGUGACGUCAGAUGAUAUACAGCCAAUCGCGAGCUUUGAUGAGAUGGGGCUCAAGAACGACGUCCUCCGAGGCAUCUACCAAUACGGCUACGAGAAGCCCUCCGCCAUCCAGCAGCGGGCGGUGAGGCACAUCAUCGACGGCCACGAUGUGAUAGCGCAGGCUCAAUCAGGUACCGGCAAGACCUCCAUGAUUGCCCUCAGCGUUUGCCAGAUGGUGGACACCUCCUGCAGAGAGGUUCAGGCGUUGAUAUUGUGCCCUACGAGGGAAUUGGCGUUACAGACUGAGAAGGUGAUCUUAGCAGUUGGAAACUUCAUAAACAUACAAGUGCAUGCUUGCGUUGGAGGCAAAAGUGUGGGUGAGGAUAUCCGAAAGCUUGAGAAUGGAGUUCAUGUGGUUUGUGGAACUCCAGGUAGAGUCUUUGACAUGAUCAAGAGGAGAACUCUAAGCACUCGAGCCAUUAAAUUAUUAGUUCUCGACGAGUCUGAUGAGAUGUUAAGUACAGUAUUCAAGGAUCAGAUUUACGAUGUCUACCGAUAUCUUCCACCUGACCUCCAGGUUUGCUUAAUUUCUGCUACACUUCCUCGUGAAAUCUUGGAGAUGACCAACAAGUUUAUGACUGAACCUGUAAGGAUCCUUGUCAAACGUGAUGAGUUGACUUUGGAGGGAAUCAAGCAAUUUUUCGUCUCCGUUGAACGAGAAGAGUGGAAGUUUGAUACGCUAUGUGAUCUCUAUGAUACUCUUACAAUUACACAAGCUGUUAUUUUCUGCAACACAAAGCGAAAGGUGGACUGGCUCACAGAGAAGCUGCGGAGUAAUAACUUUACGGUGUCUUCAAUGCAUGGAGACAUGCCUCAGAAGGAGAGAGAAGCUAUCACCCAAGAGUUUCGCAGUGGCAAUUCUCGGGUCCUCAUCACAACAGAUGUUUGGGCACGAGGCCUUGAUGUUCAGCAGGUUUCCUUGGUUAUCAAUUUUGAUCUUCCGAACAAUCGAGAGCUGUAUAUUCAUCGGAUUGGUCGUUCUGGUCGUUUUGGGCGCAAGGGUGUGGCAAUAAACUUUGUCAAAAGCGAUGAUAUAAAGGUCUUAAGAGACAUUGAACAGUACUACAGCACCCAGAUUGACGAAAUGCCUAUGAACGUUACAGAUUUGAUAUGA